CUGCUCUGGCGCUGGUCGCGUAACUAACUCCGCACUUUAUGUAGACGCAGCCGUGACGAGUCGCGACUUGGAGUGCGUGUGUACGCGCGCGCUUGUAUUUGUAUGAAUACAUGAUACUAAUAAUAAUUUGAUUUGAUUUGUCAAAACCUAUUCGAAUGCAUACGUUAAUUAAUUAUGAAAAGAAUGCUACUCUGUUAUGUCUGUUGAUAAUUUUUAUUAAUGUAUACGAAUUUUUAAAAUAAAGAGCUUAUUAGGAAAUAUAUUAUAUAAUAAGAUAAAUAUAUUUAUGAAAGAAUAUAAUACAAAUAUUUGAAACUAACCUCUUUUCCUGUAUUUAUAAAAUGAACUAUAAAAUUUGGUCGAUAUGUGUAUAUUACGAAUUUGUUUAUGUGUUUCAUUUUUCAUUCGAUCAGUGAUAAAUCAAAGUGAGAAAAUAAUCAUUAAAUUUGCUGGCUGCAUCACUAUAAAUUAAAAAAAAUAUUUAUAUACAUAAAUCUAUAAUCAAAACAGUUUUUAAUGUUUUAUGUAUUAGCGUUGUAAAUCAAUAUUAAUGCGAUAUUUAAAUUUUUAUGUUACAUUUAAAAACUUAUGCAUUUUGCAAUCAAACAUAACCUUUAUACAUAUAUUUUUUUUUAUUCUAUAUAACAAGUGCUGCAAUUGAGUGAUAUUAAAACGUAUUUAGAGUUUAUAUUUAUAUUUAUUUAUACAAUUGACAUUGUGAUGAAUCACGUGAAUGAUCCAGAUAAUAUUCAACAAUUGAACCUGGCUACAAUACAGGUUGAUGAAAUAGAAGAAAUGGAUACUCAAGAAGAAAUACCAAAUGAUGGACAAGAAAUUCGACCAUUAAAUGGUGAUCCUGAGUUGACCUGUGUAACACAAGACCAAGAUAUGGAAGAAGAUGAGGCUAGAUCAGAAGCAACUUUUCGCUAUACAGUAGAGAGCGUUUCAAAAAUGAAAGAUUCUCAAUUAUCCCCUCCAUGUUUUGUUAGAAAUUUACCUUGGAAAAUUAUGGUAAUGCCAAGAUCAAGUCAAACACAAGAAAGGCAGCCGCAGAGAUCUUUAGGUUUUUUUUUACAAUGUAAUGGAGAAAGUGAGUCAUCUUCUUGGAGCUGUUACGCAACUGCCGAAUUACGUUUACUCUCCUGUAAAGAUGGACAGGAUCCGUUUAGUAGAAGAUAUUCUGGAAAUCAAAAGGAUACGGUCCAAAUUUUGUCGAGAGACCUCUGCAGAGAUCUAUGCACAAAUUUCUCCACAUUAUUUUCAAAUUCAACAUCUUUUCUAUAGUAAAGAAAAUGACUGGGGAUUUAGUCACUUCAUGACGUGGCAAGAUGUUCUUGAUCCAGAAAAAGGUUAUAUCAAAGAUGAUGCAAUAACUCUUGAAGUUCAUGUCGUAGCCGAUGCACCUCACGGUGUUAGCUGGGAUAGUAAAAAGCAUACUGGAUAUGUCGGAUUGAAAAAUCAAGGUGCAACGUGUUACAUGAACUCGCUACUUCAAACUCUGUAUUUCACAAAUCAGUUACGGAAAGCCGUGUAUAAAAUGCCAACAGAAAGUGAUGAUUCUAGUAAAAGUGUAGCCUUAGCGUUGCAAAGAGUUUUUCAUGAAUUGCAGUUUUGUGAUAAACCAGUUGGAACCAAAAAACUAACUAAAAGCUUCGGUUGGGAGACAUUAGACUCAUUUAUGCAACACGAUGUUCAGGAAUUUUUACGCGUGCUUCUUGAUAAAUUAGAAAGUAAAAUGAAAGGAACCUGCGUGGAAGGAACAGUUCCAAAAUUAUUUGAAGGUAAAAUGGUUUCUUUUAUCAAGUGUAAAAAUAUUGACUAUACUUCAAAAAGAGUGGAAACGUUUUACGACAUACAAUUGAACAUUAAAGGAAAAAAAAAUAUUUACGAAUCGUUCAAUGAUUAUGUUAGUACAGAAAUUUUAGAUGGAGAUAAUAAAUAUGAUGCCGGUGAGCAUGGACUUCAAGAGGCUGAAAAAGGAGUAAUAUUUUCUUCUUUCCCGCCAGUUUUACACUUGCAUCUAAUGAGAUUUCAGUACGAUCCAAUUACAGACUGUUCUGUAAAAUUUAAUGAUAGGUUUGAAUUUUAUGAAAAAAUCAGUUUAGGGCAGUAUUUGAAAAGUAGUAAAGAACUUACAAAUGCUGACUAUACUUUACAUGCUGUUUUGGUACACAGUGGUGAUAAUCAUGGAGGACAUUAUGUUGUAUUUAUCAACCCUUCCGGAGAUGGAAAGUGGUGUAAAUUCGAUGAUGACGUUGUUUCAAAAUGUUCCAAACAAGAAGCAAUAGAGCAUAACUAUGGUGGUCAAGAUGAAGAUAUUUCAAUGACUGUAAAACAUUGUACAAAUGCAUAUAUGUUAGUGUACAUUCGAAAUUCAGAAUUAGAGCAUGUUUUACAAGAAGUUCGUGAAGAAGAUAUUCCUCAAGAGCUUGUUGAACGACUUCAAGAAGAAAAACGAUUAGAACAGAUAAAACGGAAAGAAAGAAAUGAAGCCUAUUUGUUUAUGACUGUAAAUGUUUUGUUUGAAGAUAGUUUUAACGGGCAUCAAGGAAAUGACCUUUAUGACCAAGAAAAAGCAUUAUAUAGAGUAUUUCGGGUGCGUAAGCAAGCUUCACUUUUAGAGUUUCUUGAAAUACUCAGCGAAAGUUUGAAAUAUUCUAUUGGACAAAUCCGCAUAUGGCCAUUCAGCUUAAGAUCUAACCAAACAUGCAGACCAACUUUAAUUGAAUCGGAGACAGAUCUUCAGAAACCUAUUACUGAUUGCGCUGAAAGUGGCAACCCUUGGAAUAUUUUUGUUGAACUAGCAGCUCCUGAUUCAGGAUUGACAGCAUUACCAGCUUUUGACAAAGAUACGGAUGUUUUAUUAUUUUUUAAGUUGUAUGACCCAAAAAAACGGAAAAUACAUUAUUGUGGUCAUCAUUACAUGCCUGUAACGGCUAAAGUUCAGGAUCUUAUUCCGAUAUUAAACGAACGAGCUGGUUAUCCAGAAAACACUGAUAUAAUUUUAUAUGAAGAAAUAAAACCAAAUAUGGUUGAAAAGAUAGACAAUCUUGCAGAGCCUCUUGAAAAAGUUUUAGAAGAACUAAUGGAUGGUGAUAUUAUUGUAUUCCAACGCGAAGAGAAGGAAAACGAUAUUUACGAACUUCCAACUUGCAGAGACUAUUUCAGAGAUCUAUCAUUUCGUAUGGAAGUAACGUUUUGCGAUAAAACGGUACCAAAUGAUCCUGGAUUUCUGAUGGAGCUGUCACAAAAAAUUACUUAUGAACAGAUGGCAAAAGCAGUAUCGCAACGACUUGGAACAGAUCCGUAUUUAUUACAAUUUUUUAAAUGUCAGAAUUAUAAAGAUUUACCAGGGAAUCCUUUAAAGUGUACAUUUGAUGGAACUUUAAAAGAGUUAGUUGCUAAUUGCAAACCAAAAACUAAAAAAAUAUUUUAUCAACAGCUUAGUAUUCAUGUUAAUGAACUUGAAAAUAAGAAACAAUUUAAAUGCAUUUGGGUGAAUUUAACUCUAAAAGAAGAAAAAGAAAUAAUCUUGUAUCCUAAUAAAAAUGGUACAGUAUUAAAUUUGUUAGAAGAGGCAAAAAAACUUGUUGAGUUAUCAGAAAAUGGAUCUGGAAAAUUAAGAAUAUUGGAAAUUGUUAGCAAUAAACUGCAACCUGGACCUAAAGAAGAUGUGCCAUUAGAAAGUUUAAGUACGAAUGGAUCCAAAAUUUAUAGGAUAGAAGAAAUUCCUAAAGACGAAUUAAAUUUAUCAGAAGAUGAAAUACUGGUCCCUGUAGCUCAUUUUCAUAAGGAUGUAUUUUCAACAUUUGGUAUACCAUUUUUUUUUAAAAUUAAACAUGGAGAACCUUUCCUGCAAAUGAAAGAAAGACUUUUUAAGCGACUAGAUAUCCAAGAAAAAGAAUUUGAAAAGUUUAAAUUUGCCAUCGUAACGGCUAAUAAACCGCAUUUCAUCAACGAUUCGCCUGAUUAUUGUAUGGAUAUUGGAGACUUUAGGCCUCAUCAGAAUCAAAUUUUCCCUUUAUCUAACUCAGGAGCCAAUCAGCAGAAGCCAUGGUUGGGAUUAGAUCACAUUAAUAAAGCACCUAAACGCAACAGGAUUAAUUAUUUGGAGAAAGCGAUAAAAAUCUAUAACUAAGUACAGGAAGUAAACGGAUUACACACAACUUUAUUUAAUUAUUAAUGUACAGCAUUUUAUGAUAUUUAUUAAGAUAUUCAAUAAAUAUAAAAAAUUAAAUUCA